AUGUCUCAUUUGACUCCACCCAGCGAGGCUGAUAGUGCUGGCGUCCGCGGCCCAAAAGCUUGUGUGACUUGUGCUCGCGCCAAAGUCAAGUGCAUUUUCGACCCAGAAGCAACCAUCUGCACAAGAUGCCGACGACUCAGAAAGCCAUGUGCUGGACAAGAGCCUGGCACUCAUCGCCGCAAACUCAAGGACCCCUCCGAUGUUGCAAAACUCGACCGGAAGCUGGAUGGAGUUGCAGCCAUCCCUGCCACUUCUAAUCGAGUCGGUGGCUUGCAACGGUCCGAUCAAAGCCUCCAUUCUGGCCCUUUCGGUCUAUCGCCUCUCGAACACGUCCAGCAGGUCCUUGAGAGUGAGGAUGAAGCGCUUCUCAUACUCAACACAUACAGGACCUCCAUGGCGCAAUAUUUUCCCUUCGUGGUUGUUCCGCCAGACAUGACCCUGGAAGAGCUCAAGCUCAGGCCUUUCCUUUUCAUGACCAUUAUGACAAUAGCCUGUCGCCAUCAUCUUGAGCGUCAAUCGUCACUAGCAAGGAAAGUCCGGGAAGCUAUAGCUCAAAAGAUCCUUCUCAAGGGCGAGCAAAGCCUCGAUAUUCUGCAAGGCUUGUUGAUUUAUCUUGCAUGGUAUCACAUACAUUUCCAUCUCGGCUCUCAGCUCGGCAAUCUCGUCCACCUCAUAAUGGCACAGUUAAGCGACCUGGGGCUCAAUAAAAGUCCAAAUCCACGACAUCACCCAGGCUUUUUCGGAUAUUUUCGUCCAGAGGUACAGCUUCCCAAACGUACGCGGCCUGAAAGAAGAGCAUAUUUAGGAGGCCUCUACGUCUCUACGUUAGUAUCAAUGAAUUCACGUGAGUUGGAGCCUAUAAGGUUUUCGGCGUACACCGAAGAGUGCUGUCAAGUGCUUGAGAAAGAAGCGGAGUAUCCCAGCGACAACUUCCUGGUUCAUCUGGUCCGCAUUGCUCGCAUGUCGGGAAGAAUUGCCCGGACCAUCUCUCCAGAUGACUGGAGUAAUUCGUCCACGUUAUCAGCACCUAUGGGUGCUUAUGUCAAAGCUCUGGAUGCAGAGCUGAAAAGCAUCAAGCAGACGUUGCCUUCAGGUACCAUCCUAGCAGAUAUACUAUGGCUGCAUUACCACUUGAUGGAGAUAUACCUCUAUGGAGUCGCCGUGCACGACACCAACAACAGCGCCAGCUACGGCGAUUUCUCAAUGACCCGUCUCAAGAUGCUCUUCGCCUGUCUGGACUCGACCAAGUCUUUCUUCGACACGUGGUAUGCAAUCCCCAUAUCUGCAUAUUUGGACAGCAGCUACUUUCCAUGGACUCUUUUGGGCCACGCCAGCGUCGUGCUGUCCAAACUAUGCUUAUAUGAUGAACAAGGCUGGGAUCCCGGCUACGCAAGCGACACAAUCGAUUUCUGCACUACGGUUGACAAGGUGAUUGCCAGGAUGGAAGAAGCUAAGGCUGCGGCCAAACAGGCUACGUUACACAACCUCGACGCGCCUUCGUCCUUUGCAGUCCCUCAUAUUUUCAACGACAUCGUUCCUAAGAUGCAGCAGUGGAAGGAGCUACAAAAUUACAGAGCAUCUCAAUUAAGACACCGACAGCGACCACAGCAGCGAAUGUCGACAGAGUCAGGGGAGACCGAGACCAUCGCAUCAAACAUCCCCAAUGAUGAAUUUCUGUUUCCCGGCGGGACAAGCCUGAUGGACUUUCUGGAUGACAGCUUUUGGCCCCAGUUCCCAACAGGUUAG